AGGUGGUAAGUGAUCUAUCAGAACAGUCACUGAUUUAGACGUCCGAUCUGGUCAGUGGUCAGUCACCUGGCAUGUCCACCAGAUAGAUACUACGGACAUGGAGAGGAUCGGCCCGGGGUGACCUCGGUAGGCAGAUUGAUCUGACAGAAGCCAUGUAUACCAAGUAUGCAAUACUGUUACUUUUGACCUUGACCUUCGACCACACUCUCUGUCAACAGUUCAGCAAGGCGGUAUUUCUGUCUGAUGACGUCACAUACGGCUGUCGUGGGUACGUUGACUUAGUGCUGGUCGUGGACUCGUCUGCCUUCACUCGCUACACCACUCCAGGUGGAAUUCCAAUAUGGCAUCCAGGUAUCGCUGUUUUUGUUAACAGUCUUCUCCGAGUCCUUCAAGUGAGCCCUGCGUCAUUUCGGGUGGCCGCCAUAUUAUACAGCACAGGCAUUGAUGACAUCAUGCCUUUCAGUGUACAUCAGGUCUACACCCUUCACACGUUCGGCUUCCUUCGUCCAGGGUACGGCAUCUCGUCUACAGCGAAGGGUUUGUCGGAGAUGAGGAAGAUGCUCACGUACUACGGUCGUCCUGGCGCUGCCAAACGUGCCGUCCUUCUCAGCGCCUCCCAUUCCCACGACCACCAGGCUGCGCUGGCAGAAGCAAACCUUGCAAAAUCCAUCGGUAUAGAUAUUCUCUCGGUGGGAUUCGGGCCUUUCCGGGAUGUUGGGGAAUUGAACGAAAUCAGCCCCGGCUGGGUGUUGGAAGUUCCUGAUGCUGGUAUGCUCUAUGCUCUUGUUGGAAGGAUAGCAGCAAGAUUAUGUAAAGAAUCUGUCAAUGGUGGCUGGUCUUCCUGGCUCAGUUGGACUCCCUGUACAAAAAGCUGUGAUGGCGGUGUAUCAAGAAGAUAUCGUUUCUGUAACAAUCCACUACCUCAAUAUGGCGGCUCGUUUUGUCCAGGAGUAUCCAACAUCAAAAUGGAAUGUAACACCCAACCUUGUUUGU